AUGGACCCGAUUUCGGUUACUGGUGUCCUCGCAGUCAUUGUUCAGGUCAUUGAGACGACAGCGACGGCGAUCAGAUUCUUGAACGACUUAAAACAUGCCUCAAAAGAACAGGCUCUUCUCUCAUACGAGACUGCCAGUCUCCUGCUGCUUAUGACAAAUCUGCGAAGUAGACUCGAAGAAGCAGAUCGACCAGAGUGGAAGACAUGGUCUGAAGGCAUCUUAGUGCUCGGCGCGAAGAACGGGGCCUUGGACCAGGUUCACACAGCCAUGGAAGAGUUGCUGACGAAGCUGGACAAGAUGUCAAACAGAUCAAAGGUGGCGAAUACCCUGGCCUGGAAAUUGGAGAAAGAUGAAUGCACAGCGAUUUUGGAGCGGAUAGAGCGAUCUAAGACAACGAUUAGCCUUGCUCUUCAGGGAGAUCAGCUGGCGCUUCUGAGAACUAUAAAAACUGACACCAUCACCAUGACUGAGCAAGCCCAAGCAAUGAAUACCAGCGAAAGGGCUCAGGCUAUGCAAGAGUGGAUGUCUCCACUAGAAUUCAAAUUAAAGCAGCAAACUCUUCUUUCGAAGCGACAGCUAGGUUCCGGGAAGUGGUUCCUGGAGUCUCCUGAGUAUUUGAACUGGUUCGAUAACUCCGGGAGCAAUGUGCUGUGGUGUUCAGGUAUUCCGGGCUCCGGGAAGACUAUAUUGUCGUCAAUCAUCGUCGAGGAUCUCCAAAAAAGGCUAAAGAGGCAUAGUUUAAGUGCCGUUGGAUACGCUUACUGCGACUACAACGACCGCGAGGUGCAGAGUAUCGAGAAUAUUAUUGGCUCAUUGUGGAGACAAAUCGUCCAUUUGGAUCAACACGGCGUCUCGAAUCUACAGGACCUCUACAACCGCUGCAUGAUCGAGGAUCGUGGAGCCCGACCGACACUUCGGGAGUUGUCUGGCGCACUUCGUGAUGAAGUUAACAGACAUGUUAGUGUGUUCCUCGUGAUAGAUGCACUUGAUGAAUGCUCGGAAGGAGUGAGGGCCGGCCUACUUCACGAAUUCAGUCAAUUGCCAGAGACGGCACACAUCCUGAUAACUUCAAGAUCCAAACAUGUUCCCCCAGAGCUUCGGAACGCUACGUCACUAGACAUAAAAGCCCACGAGGAUGAUAUCACAAAUUACGUCGUUGAUAGGGUGCAGACGGCAAAACGACUGUCGGCUUGGGUUAAGGGCAAAGUCUCGUUGGUCAAACAAAUUGUCACCAGCGUCUUGAAACAUGCGAAAGAUAUGUUUCUUCUUGCCAAACUCUUUAUGGACUCCCUAUGCAGCAAAUUAACACUGAAAGGCGUCUUAAAGGCGCUGAAAUCAAUACCGAAUGACUUGAAUGCGACGUACGAUGAAGCAAUGGCGCGAAUAGCACGACAGAACGAAGAGGAAAGGGAUCUAGCCUACCGAAUACUCUACUGGGUGACCCUGGCUUACCGCCCUAUCACUGUCCAAGAGCUGUGUCAUGCGCUUGCCUGCGAGCCGGACGAAGACGAAUUUGAUCAUACCAAUUUGAUCAGCGAGGAGGAUAUCAUCAGCGUCUGUACUGGGCUUGUGACAAUCGAGCCACACACAAAUAUCGUCAGGAUGGUUCAUUAUAGCUGUCAGGAGUAUAUGGACAAGAUUCUCAAUGAUCGAUUCCCCGAAUCGUACCAAGACUUGGCGAGGACCUGCCUGACAUAUCUUACCUAUCAAUCUACAAAUGCUCGCUACAAGGGCCACCGCUUCUCAAUAUCGACCAGGGGAACUGUCCAGAUCGAGAAGGUGGACAUAGCGUGUGAGGAUGCCUUACCUGAGAUGGGAACAUACGAAGCGGCUUUUCACUGGAGCGUCCCACGAUACAACGGCGAGGGCGAGCUUUUACCGUUCUACCAGUAUGCCAUCCAAUACUGGGCGUGGCAUCUGCGCGAAUGCACUGAGCAGGAUGAUCUGAUCCAAGAUGUGUUGAAAUUCUUUUCUGAAUGGAAACAUUGGUAUCCCAUCUUGAGCACCGUUCGAGCCAAGUGGGUAACUUAUAUCAGAUCCGCCAUAGACGUGAUCGCGGCGUAUCAGCUGGAGCAGGUAUGCACCGAGGUAGUCAGUCGUCCUCUGGCAUAUGCCAAUAUGUCCAAACCGUUGCAAUUGCGCACAGUACCAAAUCCGGAGCCAUCAGAGCCAUAUCCAGAGGCUGGAUUGUUGGUAGCAUCCAUGCUCGGACGAGCCACCAUUUUAAAAAUUCUUAUCGAGAAGUCAAGGUCAAAAAAAGCCGUCGGGAGAAAGAUCGAUAGCGAGCUUUUCGGGCGUCUUCUGCAAGCAGCUGCUUGGUCAGGCAACCCGGCAGCUGUCGAGAAGCUUCUUGAAUACAGCCCCCUGACAGAUGAGAACUCCUCGUCGGGGGUUCCGGUGCAAACGCCAUUCGCACAGGACGCGGUCAUUGCGGCGCUGUCUCGGCACGGCUUACAGCCCACAAUCCCAUUAAUCUGUUCAGUCGGCUCUCCGGCUUCUAUUCCUCUCGCGCUAGCAGCUGGCCUGCCCAUAGACGCUGUCGACCCUCAGUUUGGGCGCACCGGUCUCAUGUUUGCCGCCGAGCGAGGCCGGGAGCCGUUUGCGCAGGCCCUGCUCGCACCACCGGUUCCCGCGGACGUCAAUCGAAAGAGCUUUCCUGGUUUCACACCUCUGCAUUAUGCUGUUCUCAGCGGGCAGUUUGACGUUGCGAAGCUGCUAGUAGAUGCCGGCGCAGAUUGGAAUGCGAAGGAUAAUCUCGACAGGACGCCACUGAUGUACGCGGGGAAUUAUGGUCGUAGAUGGCCGGGCAAGAUGCCCGGUGAUUUUCCUGACAUCACACCAGUCCAGAAGCGAUGGGAAGAGGUGGUGGAGCUUCUGGGCGCCAAAUGGGGCCGUGUUGUCCAGUUCAAGGGGGAGACAGAAAAGCCGGCGAGUGGCCCUGUCUUCUAA